AUGAAAAAGACGAGAGACAAGGGUGGGAUAACGGAAAACACAGCUAAAAAUGACAGGCAAAAAGUAAAAGUAGACAAUGCCUCUCGAUUUCGAUUUUCGGCCACGUCUGGGCAUUUACUGCCUCUACAAACUAUUCGUCGACGUUUGACAGGCAUCUGGCAAUCUAUCACUUGGCCCAUCUGUGUGAAAAUAUUGAAAGCCAAUGCAGCUGUGACAAUUGCUCUUGGGUUAGUGCUUAUUGAUCCCAUUCGCACUUUGACACAACAAAGCGGUAUUUUAGCUUGCGUUGCCGUUGAAUUUGUUCAUCCUGUCAAAUCGUAUGGAUUCUUAUUUGAAGAUGUCUUGGUUGGUACUAUUAUGUGUUGCGUCUCCGCUGCAUGGUCUAUAUUUGGUAUUUUCUUAGCUUCUCUUCAAGCGAAUGUAGGUGGUAUGCUGUCUGCCACUAUCAUGGUGCUCUCCCUCACCUCAGCUGUAGUUCAAAAAAGUUUCAAUGCCAUUCCUACAGUAAUAAUUGAAACAUUCGACCAGAUCACACAACGUCAAGUAGCUGCUUUUUUGCGUGACAAUGACAGGCAAUUCUUGUUAGAUCAGAAUAUUGAGACUUUAGCCACAAUUCAUCAAACAGUUGAAAGCCUGAUCACGACUCUAGUUCAAAGAAAAAGAAUGGUACGACGUGAGCCUUCUUUCAAUACGAUCGCGCCUACUGACAUUAAAGAGAUCACUUCAAUCAUGAAGAAGUUGAAGGUUCCGAUUUUUGGCAUUGGAUUAAGUCGAGCAAUGGAGGAAAAUAUGCGUAAGGCAGGAUUGGAAGCUGAUGCUGAAAUGACCUCGCGCGAAGCAGUAGCGGAUAAGAGCAAAAUGAACGAUGCAUCCAACAUGUAUGAAAGCAUUAUCAACAAUUUAUCCAACUUGGAGAGACCACGUAGCUAUUACGGCUGUACAGAUGACGAAGAAGAGAUCGAAGAAGAGCUCACAUCCCCUUUCGAGAGCUUUGAAAAAGAAAGAUCCAGCACAUCUAUUGAUAAGUCCACAGCAAAGCCACGACACCGGAAAUUGCGUUGGGAAGAUUCAAUGAAAGUGUUGACGUACUGGCGCGACGAUUAUGAUGAUAUUCUGAAUGAAGUGAAGCCAAUUUAUGUCGAACUGACAGAUGCUUGUUCUGUUGCACUGAGAGAGUCAGUCAAAAGAUUAAGACGUAUGCAGCAGUUGGAAACACGUUUUCAAAAUCGCCCUUUUUUCUAUAAAUGGUUCUACCGUUGGAAGGUCGGCCCAGCACACUACGAAGAAGAGAAAUCAGCUUACCAGUACGAUCCCAAAUUGGAUCCGUCGAUACCCUUACUGAAAGCGAUCGCCAAAUUUCACGAACAUCGCUUAACGGGGCUAAACCGACUUUAUACGAAAUCAGGAGCACCUCGUAGAGUUCUUUUGCUAUUACUCACAUUUCAAUUUAACUUGCAUGCAUAUGCCGAGCAUAUUUACACAUUAUCCUCUCUCAUAUAUGAAAUGGAUAAACUUCGAGACAAGCAAAGAUUUUGGAUGCCACGCAUUCCUUUCCGUAAAUGGUUUUUGAGGGGUCAUGAUAUUGAAGAAAUAUAUGAUUUAGAUACACCUGGGGCUGUUGUUGAUGUUACAAAUCCGUUAUCAUUGAACAGAACUGUAACGCAACGGGCGACUUUGAUUGCAGCUGCCAGUCAACAACCUCAACAGCUUAAGGAUAUUGAGUCUCAACGUGUUUUGUAUAGAUUAGAAACUCCACAUCGUGGUUCGCCCAUUGUUGGAGAACACAAAGAUCAACCUUACUUUCAUACCGUACAGAAAGAGCUUCAUGCAAGCACUUGGAGAUUGAAUACGUUGGAUCCACUCGACUACCAUGAUCCUGAUGUGGCUUAUCCUCAAACAACGAUGCAACGCUUCUUUUAUCGUAUUUACUUUUUCUUGAUCAAGAAUGUGUAUACAGCGGAUGUUGGCUUUGCUAUCCGCGCUUGUAUUCUGGUGGUUUUUUUGUCUCUACCUGCUUUCUUUGAAGACUCUGUCAUAUGGUAUACAGAAUCACGUGGCCAAUGGGCUGCUGUGGUUGCGUUGAUUUGGAUGGGCACAUCUGUGGGUAGUAGUUUUUUCGGUACAAUGACUCGGCUUGUAGGUACAUUAGUUGGUGCAGUCCAAGCGAUCAUCAUUUGGGAAGCCAGUAGAGGUAGUGUGCCUGGUUUGAUCAUACUAACUUUCAUCUUUAACUUACCGUGGUGGUUGAUCUACAUCAAUGGCAAAUUUUGGAAGGCCACGGGUCUAUUUUCGCUUAUUACAAUUUCAUUAAUUAUUGGCUAUGCUUAUAGUUAUAGACCAGAAGGGCGUCCAGUUUCCGUUUUCACUGUUGCCUGGGAGCGAGCUGCAAGUUGUGUAGUUGGUGUUAUAGCUGCUCUGAUUAUCAGCGUAUUUCCCUUUCCUCGAACCGGUCGAGUUGUAUUGCGUCAUCGUAUAUCACGAACACUCAGUGAGUUAGGUGCACUCUACUCCUCUUUUCUAGCCCUCUUAUUGAAAUCUGACGAAGCAAGUCAGGCUGCUGUAGAAGCAAACAAAAAAAUGUUUCGAUCAGUAGCCGUAUCUAUACGUAAGCAAAUCAAAGGUGAGCGGGUUCUAUUAGAACAAAGCCGAUUCGAGCCAGCUUUGCGUGGUAUUUUUCCCGAAGAUAAAUAUUUGCACAUAUUGCAGAUACUGGACAAUAUACUGAGCCUGUUACUGGAGAUGGAAUAUUCUUUAGAAAAAAUAUCUCAUAAAUGGAGAAUGAUGAUUGUGAAAAGUACAUGGAAAGAGAGGAAAAGAAUGAUUGCAUCUUAUUUAACUGCACUGCAUUUGGGUUCAAAUGCACUAACGAGCAAAGCGCCUUUACCACCGUAUGUCAUGCGGCCUACGAAGACUAGACGUGAACUAACCAACAAAGCACGCAGAUUGAAGGUGUUUUCUUAUCAGCAUUUAGGCGAUCGAGAAUACACUUAUUAUAGCGCUUAUUUGAUGAACUCUGAGCAAUUGGCUGUAGAGUUGGAGUUGCUGACAGCAACCAUCCGCGACCUUGUGGGACCUGACAGUGUUAGCAUAUGGCUCAAUUACAAACAUUAA